GACAUCACCUCGGGGGUUUUCGUCAUGUGCGUAAUGCUAGGAAUACCUCCAGGGCUUAAGCGAGCCCAUACAGUGGAGGCUGACGUGACGCUGCUUGAAGAGAGCUCAUAAACAGCUACCCCCCCUUAUACAGCUUGACCGUUUGGUUGUUUGUGCACCGAAUUCGCCUGGCACCUUCAACUGGACCCAGUCUCACGAUGUCUGCCUUCAUUCUACCGUCCGGACGUCCCAAGACCGUCAUUGUCACUGGCGGCGCAGGAGGCAUUGGUGCUCAGACCAUACGCACCUUUCACGCUCAUGGCUGCAAUGUGGUGAUAGCGGAUCUACCCUCCGCUAGAGGUGCCGCGGAAUCCCUCAUAGCCUCUCUGUCAGACCCAAGUCGAGCACUCUUCCACGAGACUGAUAUCACACACUGGGAAGCCAUGCGGGGUUUAUUCCGAAACACGAAAGAGAAGUUCAGCCAAGUUGAUAUUGUCAUCGCGAACGCAGGCUUGAUGGAAAGCAGAGGCUUCUUUGACUUCGAGGAAGACGACAACGGUGAAUUGAAAGAGCCAACGGAGGCUUACAAGAUCAUUGACGUCAACUUGAAGGGUUCUAUGAACACGCUCAGACUAGCGAUGCACGCAAUGCAGUCAAAUUCUCCAGAUGUUGAUGGAGCACGAGGCUCAGUGGUUCUUAUUGCUUCGGUAUCUGGAUACUUUGGCGGCACUGGUGUGGUCUCAUACAUCUCAUCCAAGCAUGGUAUUGUUGGUCUGGCUCGAUCAUCGCAGCGGAAAGCGGACGAGCUUGAUGUGAGGGUCAAUGUCAUUGCUCCAUUCUUCACCCCUACUUAUAUUACUACCGGCUACUCAGAGAAGUGGAGAAAGAGGGGAUUACCAGCAAAUACCGUGGAGGGUGUUGCUGAUGCUAUUGUAGCCACAAGCACGGAUCCCACGAGGAAAGGUCACAGCGUGAUGGUAGCAGGGAGUUUUGUGAAGGAGAUCGAAAUGGCGAAAGCGGCAUUGACGAAGGAAUGGCUGGGUGAAGAUAUUGCGGAUGUCAUGGCGAAGGGAGGUAAGUUCUUCGAUGAUAUGGGCGGCUAUACGCUGCCAAAUGCGCGUUCCUAGCCCGGCAUUGAGGAGAGAGAGAAAGAGAGGAAAAAAGUAAGGUGGUCGACUCUCACU